UUGAUAGUUGAACUCUCAUCAUGUCUGGAAGAGGUAAAGGCGGUAAAGGACUCGGAAAAGGAGGCGCCAAGCGUCACCGCAAAGUGUUGCGUGAUAACAUCCAGGGAAUCACCAAACCCGCAAUCCGUCGUCUCGCUCGCCGUGGCGGUGUCAAGCGUAUCUCCGGUCUGAUCUACGAGGAGACUCGCGGUGUGUUGAAGGUGUUUCUGGAGAACGUUAUCCGUGAUGCCGUCACCUACACUGAACACGCCAAGAGAAAGACCGUCACUGCCAUGGACGUUGUGUACGCGCUGAAACGACAGGGACGAACUCUGUACGGAUUCGGAGGAUAAACGACUUUAUUCAGGAGAAAUCCGACAAACCCAACGGCUCUUUUAAGAGCCACACACAAUCUCACAUAAAGAGUCAAAGUGGUAAUACUCGUUUCAUUACAAUAAUUAAUGCACAUUUUUAACGUAUGAUGAAGCUGUUUUUUGGAGAUCUGCACAAAUUUCCUAUAGUUGCAGCAGUUUAUAAAGGCAUAGUCUAUUUUCCAUGAACAUAGUGGAUUCUUAAAUAUUUUGUUGUUCAAUACAUGUUUCAUGGUUUUCAAACAUGUACAGAAUUACAGAUUGGGUAUGUCUGUAAUAAUACCCAGAUAGCAUGCAUAUUUGGGCCAACUAUGGCACAUAUGGCUCAGUUCUGGCAGCGGCAAAGGU